CCACGUUUUCCAGACAUAUAUUCGGACCCCCGCGCUAACACGCGGGUCCCGGGCGCGGCCCUCGCGACACCAUGUUGGCGUUUCCUUCGCCUCAACCUGCUGGCUUCAUGGUGAGGUCACCCCUCGCAGUGACCCCGAAGCAACCAUGGGAGAGGACUGAUAGGACCCGGAAGCCGCAGACCUUACUCUCACUCCGCACCGCGGCGGUGGCAGGAGCCGUGAUCGCCCUGCGCGCGAAGCGAAGUAGCUUGGGAGCCAUGAGUGAACUGCUGCUGAACCUCCGGGUGGCGAACGAGAAACAACGCAAUGAGAUGCUACGGAAGGAAGACGAGAAAGGCUUGAGAGCGAUUUGCGCGGGCUUGGGGCAACCGAGUACGGGACCCUCGGAGAGUGCACUUGAACGCAUCCAGGAGGCCUUGAAGAUGGAGGAUGCCCUGUAUCAGGGUCCAGCUGCACGGGUCAUUCAGGUGUCCGGACAGGUGAAGGAGACGGAUGGCGAUGUGGCGUCCUUGCUGCAGGAGCGUUACCGGGUCCACGACUUGAAGAGCAUUUGCCGCACCUUUGGCCUGUCCCAAGGCGGUAAGAAGCAAGUCUUGGCGGAGCGCAUCGCAACCAAAGCCCUGGAACUUUGGCAGGUCAUGAAAAGCCGAGGUCUGGCCGAGAAAGCGCCCCCCAGUUCCGCCAACGGCACCGUCCAGGAUGCUGGAAGCGAAUCUCCAAGUCAGUCAUCGCCUGCACCACGUGCCCAAAGAAGGGCUCGUCCUGCAGAGGUGCAAGAAAUCAUGGAGGAUGCUGGAAGGUCUACCCAAACUCCUCGUCAGGCAUCGCCUGCACAACGUGCCCAAAGAAGGGCUCGUCCUGCAGAGGUGCAAGAAAUCAUGGAGGAUGCUGGAAGGCCCACGACUACUCGUCGCUCCUCGCCACGCGCCCAAAGAAGGGCUCGUCCUGCAGAGGUGCAAGAAAUCAUGGAGGAUGCUGGAAAGUCUACCCAAACUCCUCGUCAGGCAUCGCCUGCACAACGUGCAAGAUCGAGGACGAUUGAGAUCAAGGUGGAACCGGCAGGCGGCCCGGGUGGCUCGGCCCGAGCGAAGAAGACGACCGCGACGCCUUCGCAGGCAUCUGCUGAGUGGGACAGGCUCAGUCAGCCUGUGCAGGUGGAGCAAAGAGGGCCCACGCCUUCUCUCCAGCAGCGGUGCAUCAACGAGGCUCGAGAGAUCAUGGGGAAAGACAAGGAAGGUGCCGUGAUCCACGAGGCAGAAAUCGUGCCAGAGGAGGAUGACGAGGACGAGGAGGAUGAGCAGAGCAGGAAGGAACGGCGGUACGUGCAGCGGCGGACCAAGCUCGUGAGCUAUGUCGCGGAGGAGAGCUCUGAGGUCUAUGGGGAUCAUCAACAGCAGUACCUGGCAGAUCUGAGCGACUACAUCGCGGAUGCGAGCGAUGAUGUCCGCUUCGACUACUUGAACGACAAGUUGGAGGCUGGCAGUGAGGUAGAUCAAGAGCGGCUUCCCAAGGUGCUGGGUCCUGCACGGGAUACCCCGGAGUACUCAGCUUGGCAUGUCGAGCCUUACAAGGAGGAGAUGCACCUCGUUGGGGAAAUGGGCCCCUCACGGGUGGCCUAUUGCAAGUGGUGGGAUCGAGCUGCAGGAUGCGGUGAACUGGUCGACCGCGACGACAAGCGCCCCGUGGCCGUGGUCGCCGCAGCGCUGACCACGGGCGCCAACGUGACGCCCACGGCGAAGUACCUGGCUCAGGGCGAGUGGGUGGAAUAUCGGAGGGUGCCGGAUGCGGAGAUUGACCGGGGCAUCCUGGUGCGUGGGGUGCGAGGCUGGCCGUUACAGUGUGAAGCGGAUGGUUCGCGAGCGCUGCCCAGCUGACCAGACCCGGGGCAGUCCGUUCGCUACUAGCCAUCAGUUUGACCCUAGCCAACAUGGUUGACCUGGUGGUGC